AUGGAAUUGCAGUAUGAAGAAGUAUUCAAUGCCGCUCAGAAGCUAAGGCCCCAAAACCAGAUGGAGGAAAAUUCAUUGAAUAAAAAAAGAAAGAGGACGUCGUAUAGCUCAGCGCAGAUUGUGGAGCUCGAAAGAGUAUUCGACAUGGAUAAUUACUUGUCCAUUGCUGGUCGUGUACAAUUGGUGAAAGAGAUGGGCCUUACGGAAAAUCAAGUAAUAAUAUGGUUUCAAAAUUGCCGAUCGAAAGUAAAGAAAGGAAAUAGAGACAGCCCUGAUAGCGGAAACAUUGUGAAAAAAGCACGAAGACCCCAUAAUAUGCUGGAUCUAGUAGAAUCUGAGAUCAGCUACGAAUCCCUGCAUGGACAACAAUCGUGGAUGCCACAAAAGCAAUUCUAUGGUUGUGGAACCCAGCAGCAACCGUUUUUGCGUCCAUGUGAUGUAGCUCCUCAACAACUUGAAGUUGCAAAGCAGAUGCCGUACCUGACAAGCUCAAAAGCCACGGUACCUUUAAUUUCGACCGACAAAGUGUACCAUCAUUUUUCUGUUGCUGCUCAUUACUCAAGCAGUAUCGAAGGAAAUCAUGUAAACGGCCCCAACUAUAGUUGCCAAGUCAAUGUACUUGAAAUAGAGCAGCAGCUUCUUCCGCAGCCAGGACAACAGCAGCACCAGCAGCCCCAAUCAACGCAUCAACAUCUACAACCAGAAAAACGGUCGCUGCUGGAUGCAUUUUUUGAUAGUUUUUUGUGCACGGUGUAUGACGACCCACUGGAGGAUUUUAUUGUUGAAUUACCUAGCGGUGAAAUUAUUAACCAGAAUGACUUUUAUAAGGAAAUGUGUAAUUUUUUUAAAGUUAUGAAUUCUCCAAGUGCUUGA